AUGUCCGAACUCUUCGACAGCUACGCCUCGGAUCUCCAGCAGCUCAAGGAGGGCAUCCGUCAGAAGCUCGACCAGGCCAAAUCGCAGAAUGGCGAAGCAAAGAAGUCGACGCUGCGACGCGCAGAGAUGGAGCUCGAAGAGGCCGAAGAAGUGAUCUCGCAGAUGGAUAUCGAAGUGCAAGGCUUUCCACAAUCAGUGCGGUCACGCUACUCGGUACAGAUUCGGGGCUUCAGACAAGAGGUGCAGAAUCUCAACAAGGAGGUGCGAUCAGGUCUGUCUUCAGGUGGCGGACGGGGCGGAUUCAAUGCAGCAUAUGCGGACGACGACGACGAUCUCGAAGCCGCUGACUCUGCGACGGCGAAUCGUCAGAGGUUGUUGCAAGGCACUGCAUCCCUCGAGGACGGAACGAGGAGGUUGGAGGAGUCCAACAGGCUUGCUUUGGAGACUGAGGACCUUGGUGCUGAUAUCCUGCGCGACUUGAGGAGCCAAAGGGAGCAGAUCGAGAACUCAAGAGACACGCUACGAGAGGCGGAUCAGAGCAUCGAUCGUUCAUCCAAGACACUGUCCAAGAUGAUCCGACGGGCCAAACAGCAAAAAUUGGUUACCGUAGGGAUCAUCGUCUGCCUCGUCCUCUUGAUUCUUCUCAUCCUGUACAACAAGCUCUUCUGA